AUGGCAGCAGCGUUGCUGCUGCCGCAGCAGCAACAGCAGCAGCAGUUGCAGCAGCAGCAGUUGCAGCAGCAGCAGCCGAAGCUGCUGCUGCCGCUGCUGCAGGGACUCCAGAUAAUCUUAGCAGCAAGCCAAGGAGGCAGCAGCAGCAGCAGCAGCAGCAGCAGUAGCAGCAGCAGUAGCAGCAGCAGCAGCAGCAGCAGCAGCGAGAGCGAGGAUGCGAGCGAUUAG